CUCCAGUCAUCUCUUAUAGAUCCCAGACCACCUCUCAAAAUGACCACGAGUUCUCUUUUUGCGAUGCCCUGGUUGGCCCUGCUCCUCGUGGGCCUGGCCACUAGCGACCCCUCCGGCCCGGCCUCCGACUCCUGCGCCACCCUGGUCCAGAACCGCUUCUUCGGCUCCUUCACCUCCACCUUGGUCUUCCCCUCCACGCCCUGCUCCUGGACCCUGCAGAACCCGGACCCGCGCCGCUACACCGUCUUCGUGAAGAUCACCAAGCCCACCGAGGCCUGCCUGCCCCGCCAGCUCAAGACCUUCCAGUUCGACUCCUUCCUGGACACGUCCCGCACCUACCUGGGCAUGGAGAGCUUCGACGAGGUGGUGAAGCUGUGCGACGCCUCCACCCAGGUGUCCUUCUUGCAGUCCAACAAGCAGUUCCUCCAGAUGCGCAUGGUCACCCCCCGGGAGGACCUGGAGGCCGAGGAUGGAGACGGGGAGUUCAACACCGAGUACCUCGUGGUGGGAAACCGCAACCCCAGCAUGCCUGCCUGCCAGAUGUUGUGCCAGUGGCUCGAAGCCUGCCUGACCUCCAGCACCCACGGCCACCCAUGCGGCAUCAUGCAGACCCCCUGCCAGUGCUGGGAGGCCCCCCAGCGCAAGCCUGGCGGCUGCUACAGAGCAGGAGUCUACCUGGAGAGAUGCAUUCCCAGCAUCCCCCGGGACAUUGGCCGCGACGCUGAGAUUGCAGGGGGCUGGAGUGGGUGGGGCCGCUGGACGGAGUGCAGCAGUGACUGUGGCGGCGGAGUUCAGACGCGCAGCAGGACCUGUCUGCCUGACGAGAGCUUUCUGUGCGAGGGCGUGGUCGAGGAGGGGCGGCCCUGCAACCCCCAGCCAUGCAUCGGCAAAGUGCGCUCCCGAAGCCAGUCUCUGCGUUCAAUCAAGAGAGACAACGGUGAGGAACCUCGCUAUGGAAACCUUGCACCCCAAACAGUGGAUGCCGGGUCAAACGACUGGUCCCCCUGGAGCGUGUGCUCGGCCACCUGCGGAGAGGGCUGGCAGAGCCGCAGCCGCUUCUGCGUGUCCUCCUCCCACAGCACCCAGUGCACCGGCCCGCUGCGCGAGCACCGCCCCUGCAACAACACGGCCGUCUGUCCAGCUUCUCUGAUUGCAGUGCAUGGAGCCUGGGACGAGUGGUCGCCAUGGAGCCUUUGCUCAUCCACUUGCGGACGUGGUUACAGGGACCGUUCCCGCACCUGCAAGCAGCCCCAGUUUGGGGGUGACCCAUGUGUUGGACCGACAAAGCAAACCAAGUUCUGUAACAUUGCUGUCUGCCCAGUGGACGGUGCAUGGAAUGAGUGGUCCAGCUGGAGUGCUUGCUCUGCCUCCUGCUCCAAUGGAACCAUGCAGCGCACUCGCGAGUGCAAUGGCCCAUCAUACGGAGGUUCAGAGUGCCGUGGGGAGUUUCUGGAGACUAAAAACUGUUUUCUGAAGGAAUGCCCAGUUGAUGGCCGCUGGCAUGAUUGGAGCAUGUGGGGAAGCUGUUCAAGAACCUGCGGUGGAGGCAGCCAGCAGAGACAGAGGAUAUGCGAGGGCCCAUUUUUUGGGGGAGAGCCUUGCCCUGGGAAAGGGCAGGUGACACAGCGCUGCAGUGAGAGGAGGUGCCCAGAACCCCAUGAGAUCUGCGGUGAGGACAACUUUGCCGAUGUCGUGUGGAAGAAGACGCAGGCAGGAGACAUUGCAGCCGUACACUGCCCCCCCUCCGCCUCAGGGCUGAUCCUUCGCCGAUGCACCCUCAACGAAGCAGGCAUUGCUUACUGGGAGAAACCAACCUACACUAAGUGCAUUUCUAAUGAGUACAGAGACAUUCAGAUGAUGACACGUGAUCAUCUGACAAAGGCACAGAAGGGGCUUGUGGGAGAUGGAGUUUCUGAAGUCAUCACCAAACUGAAGACCACUUCUGAUCAAGGGACAAACUACAGUGGAGACCUGUUGGCUAUCAUGGACAUCCUGAGGAACAUGACAGAGAUUUUCAGGGGGUCCUACUACAACCCCAGCAACACAGAUGUGCAGAACUUUGCUCACUCAGUCAGCAACUUGUUGCGGGAGGAUAACCAUGAGAAGUGGGAGGAGGCUCAGCUAAUGGGGCCCAACAUCAAAGAGCUCUUUCAGCUGAUCGAGGACUUUGUUGAAGUGAUUGGUUUGCAAAUGAAAGAGUUCCUGAACAUUUAUGAAGUCACAGAAAACCUUGUGCUCAACAUCCACAAGAGCCCAGCCGCUGCCACGUUUGACAUCAGCUUCCCCAUGAGAGGCUGGAGGGGGAUGGCUGACUGGGUCAAGAACUCGGAGGACCGGGUGAUGGUACCUCGAGAAGCCUUGUCACAUGACGAGCCAGAUGCAGAUGAUAACUCUGCAAUUGUGACUGGGAUUGUUCUCUAUAGAAACCUUGGCAGCAUUCUUUCCCUUCAGAGAAACAGCACUCUAUUGGACUCCAAGGUGAUCUCCGUUAUAGUCAAACCUACUCCUAGCUUCCUGUCAACUCCCAUCGAGAUUGAAUUUUCCCACCUCCACAACGACACCAUCAACCAAACCUGCAUCUCCUGGGAUGAGAGUGAAACUUCUUCGCUGCUUGGAUCCUGGUCUGCGCGAGGCUGCAGAGCGGUGCCAGUCGAUUCAUUCAGAACCAAAUGUGUGUGUGACAGACUCUCGUCCUUCGCCAUUUUAUCGCGGCAAAAUCCCGACACGAAAAUGGACAAAAGUCUUCUCCCAUCCGUGACUCUGAUCGUGGGCUGUGGGGUCUCCUCUCUCACACUGCUCCUGCUCAUCAUCAUUUACGUGUCCGUUUGGAAGUACAUCCGCUCCGAGCGCUCCGUCAUUCUGAUCAACUUCUGCCUGUCCAUCAUCUGCUCCAAUGCCCUCAUCCUGGUUGGCCAGACUCAAGCUCGCAACAAGGUGGUGUGCAUGCUGGUGGCUGCCUUCCUUCACUUCUUCUUCCUGUCCUCCUUCUGCUGGGUGCUGACGGAGGCGUGGCAGUCCUACAUGGCGGUCACGGGCCGCCUGAGGAACCGCAUCAUCCGCAAGCGGUUCCUGUGUCUGGGCUGGGGGCUCCCUGCGCUGGUUGUGGCUGUGUCUGUGGGCUUUACCAAGGCCAAGGGAUAUGGCACCGUCAACUACUGUUGGCUCUCUCUGGAAGGUGGGCUCCUCUACUCGUUUGUGGGACCAGCAGCUGCCGUCGUUCUGGUCAACAUGAUUAUUGGGAUUCUGGUCUUCAAUAAACUUGUGUCCAAGGAUGGCAUCACAGAUGUGAAACUGAAGGAGCGUGCUGGAGCGUCACUGUGGAGCUCGUGUGUGGUGCUGCCCCUGCUCGCCCUCACCUGGAUGUCUGCUGUUCUGGCCAUCACCGACCGCCGGUCCGCCCUCUUCCAGAUCCUCUUCGCUGUCUUUGACUCGCUGGAGGGCUUCGUCAUCGUCAUGGUCCACUGUAUUCUGCGUAGAGAGGUUCAGGACGCGGUCAAGUGCCGAGUGGUUGACCGUAAGGAUGACGGGAAUGGUGAUUCCAGCAGCUCUUUCCAAAACGGUCACACUCAGCUCAUGUCAAAUUUCGAGAAAGACGUUGAUUCCUCCUGCAGACCAGGCACCCAGAAGCGCCCCUCCCUCACUCAGGGAGAUGAGAAGGCGCCCCCCCAGCAGCUGACCAUGCAGAAGGGUUCCAACUUCCACACCCUGCCCGCCAACAUGAACAAGAUGCACCUGCAAAGCGUUCCGGACUAUGGCAGCCACACCCUCACGCUCAAGAGGGACAAGAGCCGGACGGGCGGAGAGCUGCCGGGCAGCAAGUCCAUCUACAUCUGCGAGGGGGAGCUCUUCAAGCAGCUGGACGCCGAGCUGGGCCGGGGCCCGUCCGAGUCCGGCGCCGUGGACGGCAGCAGCUACGUGCUCCUGCCCAACAACACCUCCACGCUGAAGCCCCGCCCCAAGGAGGAGCAGGCCCAGUACAACAUCAGCAUCGAGCAGCUGCCCCAGGCCCGGCUCAUCCACCUCAGCAGCCCCACGGCGGAGCCCGGCUCCGGGUUCGGCCUCAAGAGCCUGCCGGCCGACCGGGUCAGCGUCUCCUGCUCCGAGAGGGACUCGCCCAUUCAGAACCUGCACAACAUCUCCAGCGAGUCCCACAUCACCAGCAGCAUGUGCGACGCCGGAGAGUCGUGGAACUCCAUGUCCAAGAGCGAGACCGUGUCCACGCUCUCCAUGAGCUCCUUAGAGAGGCGAAAAUCCCGCUAUGCUGAACUGGACUUUGAGAAAGUGAUGCACACACGGAAACGUCACCAGGACAUGUUCCAAGACCUGAACCGGAAAGUGCAGCACUCCGAAAAGGACAGAGAUUCCCCUCCCUCUGACUGCAAGCCGGUGCAGAGAUGGAGUGUCUCUUCCGGAGGCAGUGACAAAACCAGCCUGAGUGACAAACCGCAGACACCUAGUGAUCGGGCUUGGGAGGGGGUUCAGAAGACGCACUCGCCCCCAUCCUGGGUGCGCAAAGACCUGGAGCCUCUCCCGUCCUCCCCUCUGCAGAUCCAGGCAGUGGAGUGGGAGAAGACCAGCGCCACCAUCCCACUGGUGGGACAGGAGAUAAUCGACCUGCAGACUGAGGUGUGAGGAGAACACCUGAUUUCCCCAAGAGUCUUCUCGUCAUUUUACAUUCACAGGGAGAGAAGGGAGCGGAAACGGAGUGAUGGAGGGAGAUAAAGGGCACAGAGCAGAACGGAGCGAACUCACAUCGCAUCUCGGGAUGCGAGUCCAUCGCAGCGUUUUGCGCUUACUUCCUUUUCCUGACACAGACAAAAAAAACUGAGAGGAACAGUGAAACCCCCUGGGUGGAGAAUCUCAUGCAGAGGGGGGAGAGGAGUCCAGUUCUGUUCUGAUUAUAGCUGCUAGGAGUUUCCUGCUCUCUUUUAUCAGGGUUUGAGGAGGGUAAAAUUAACAGGCUUGAAAUUGUGUCGCUCCUUUGACUGACAUGGAACCCCAGACGUGGGGAAGACUUGUCAAAGGACGGGCGCUCGAGCUUGCUGAUGUGGCGUCUUCCAGCCAUAGUAAAGCGCUGCUGAAGAAGGGCACACAUCGUUCCCCCCCCCCCACGGGGACGGGAAUGGUGGAACUGCGAUGACUCUCCUUCUUUUUGGCUGUUUUUUUUACAGUGGUGAUAGAUGGACACCUUCCGUGUUUUGUGUUGUGUUCGUUUCAUAUAUUUGAGCAGAACUGCUGAUGAACACGCACAAGAUCCUGCUCAAAUCGACCAUGCCUUUAAACUCUACAAUGAAGACCGUGGAAAUCUGACUACAGAGCAGAACAUAAUAUUUUAUGAUGAUGGACAUCAUUACUGUUAUGAUUAGUAUUAUUAGUAUUAUUAUUAUUAUUAUUAUUAUUAUUACUGUUAUUACUGUCCUUUAUUAUUGUUAUUAUUUUAGUACAAUUCACAUCAUAGCUACAAGCCCAUAACAUGUUGUUGCCAUCUGUUGGUUUUUCAGAUGUAUUAAUUACAUUUAUUUUAUUUUUUAUCUUAGAAUAUUUAAUAAGAACCCCAAGAGAUCACAAAUCAAGUGCAGAUAAAAGACAGGAGAUCAGGAUCAGAAAAUUCAGUAAAGGAGGUUAUACUACAAGCCUGUAGAGCUGGAGUUUCAAAGGCACAUCUGAAAGGGAGAACAGUUGAUCCUUCUCUGACUUUCUGGCAUACAUCAGUGUGGUCUUAUUAAGGGUAGAGUAGACCCUAACCCAAAGCAGACCAUAGGAUAAAGCUCUGCCUCGUAGUGCUUCAGACUCUGGGCUGUUGUCCAAUGGCAUGCCAGGCUCUGGGCCUCCCUAUGGCAAUAUUUCCAGCCAGGGUGCCUGCAGGGUUUCAUACUGUGAAUCCUCUUGGAAGUAAACCUUUUGUGUUUUAACGUAAGUGUUGAGAGAAGGUUUGAGAUCUGAUGGUGACUUAAUGUACACGCAGAAUAGCUACAUCAGUUUUAGGACAAGCAGUGGUCAUAUAUAUCAUGUCCUUGAAAAAGUGUACUUCAGAUAUCCAGAGUGUAUAAAUGCUUCUAUGAAAAUAACAAAAUAUCUAUUUAUAUAAGAGUAUAUGAGUAUAAAAACUGUGAUUCAGAGGAGACUUCUUUGUACAUUUCUAGAAAGCACAAGGCUCCUGAGAGUCCUGUGAUACAGUAUUGUAAUUCUGUAAACAUAUAUGUACAUGGGAUGAGUUUCCACAAAUGUCUUCUGUGCUUCAGGAUAUAUAUUUUUUCUAACUUCUUCACACUGUUGAGUCACUAAACUUUCAGUGUCCUGUAAUAAUGUAAUGGUAUGUGUAAUAAUAUCACUGCCAAUACCACACCAUCCCCACACCCUGCCCCAAUUCCCUGAUCUCGUCUACCUUCCUGCAAUCUCCUUUUCCCAGCCCUGAACUACCUCCACUUCCCUUUUCUGAGUGAGAGUUCUGUUUGUCUGAAUCUCUUCUUCACAUUUUUUCUAAUCUGUUGCAUUUUUCAUUGUUAAUGUACAGUUUUCAGAGCACAAGUUGAAUAUGUUAUUUGUAAUAAUAAAAUAUACCUAGAAUAUAAA